AUGACAAAUCGUAAGGAACAGAUUUUUGCUAAAACCAAGAACAUUGGUGGAGUCCGUCGCAUAGUGAAGACGUCUACAAAAAAGGUGACAGUAAAAACAGUCCUUGACAACGAGUUUGCCAAGGGAGAAGUGGCCAAUACAAUUUUGGAAUCGUGUUCAUUCAAAUGUGGAGAAAUGAUCCAUUCAAUUGAGAAUACGUCAAUCAAAUCAAUAGGAAAAGGAAGAAAGCAGAAUCUGUGUUUUGUAGUAUCAGGCAAUGAGGUCGUGGACGUAGAACAGGACAUUCUGAAGAAUAUGCCGAAGGAAUUCUUCAAAAAGAAGGAGGAUGGUGAGAAAGAGGCUGAAGAAAUAAGUAAUUGA